AUGAUUAGCUGUAUUCCUUGCGUUCAUGUAAAGCAUGCUACUCUAGUUAACAAUUGCUAUCCACCAGUCAAAGACGGCAGCACUAUACCUCGUUCUUCCGAACUUAGCUACCUAACAUUUUAUGCGAGCUCAAAACCUGCAAAGCUGACAAAGGUCGGCUCAUUUAUACAGAAACGAGUCGAAAAAGACAUUAGAAAAGGAAGAAAAUUUCAGAACAUAGUGUCGUUGCAAAUCAUAAAAGCAUUGAUUCAAACUUGCCAUCGAGACCUCAACAUCUUUUCAAAAUAUAUUGUAAAGAUACUGAGUUUGCUACUUGAUACAAGAGACAUCGAGAUCAUCGAUCGUAGCUGCGAAACAUUUAUUGUGUUUUGUAGCUACCACGAUGGAAGUACACUCGGUGUUGACUCAAGCUUCACAACAGAUUACGAAUCUCUUUUGAAGAAAUUUUCGGGUUUUUGCAAUUAUACUAACGAAGACGUAGCGUUUGCAUUAAAAAUGAGCUACAUCGGCCAUCGAGCUGUUCAAGCUGCUGUAACAUCAGGUGCCCUACAAUCUUCUAAUUUCAAGAUGCAAUUAAGCAUUUUAUUCCCUCCCUUAAUGAUCACAAUUGCUUCUAAACCAACCAGUACAACAUUGGAUACAAGCAAUGGUAGUGUGGACAUACGAGAUUCCGCUUUGAAUAACAGCAAAGUUAGCCCUGAAGUGAUUGAGUCAAUUGCAGCACACACCAUAUCUAUAUUAUUCAACAAGGUCACUGGCCCCUCUGUUAGACUUUCCCUUGUUCCUUUAUUCAGUUAUUUAGACGAAAAGGAGAACUGGUGGCCCCCUCAAUUGGCUGUGAAAAUUCUGAAGUUAGUAUUGGACUCUCUACAGCCUCAAUACAGACAUCUGCUGGUAUCCGAUUUACUACAGCAUUUGGAUACAUUCAACAAGCAAGAGGACAUUAUGAACGAUAAACAUGCAUCAUUGAUUUCUUCGCUGGAUUCCAUUCUCAACGCAAAUGUUCCUCUUGCUGGCAUCUCUAUCUUGGAAGUAUUGAACAGUUUAUUUACGCUCCUCAUCAAAUCGACGCAAUAUCAUCCAUUCAACGUAUCGGCUGUCAGUGAGAACGAAAUCCAGGAAGAUACUGUCGUUGAUGUAGAAAAGACGACCGGUCAUGCCAAUUUGAUACAGCACGGGCUUAUCCAUUGUAUUGGUGGCCUAGCAACGCAGAAUUACUAUGACAACCAGCUGAAUGAUAUGAUCGGUUAUUUGACAUCAAAAUUGCGCACAAACACCUCUUUGGAGCAAGUAGAUGGACUGUUGAUUCAUGAUUAUCGAUCAAUCGUACUCUGCUGCUUGGACAGUGUUGUCCAGGGGUCGAAAUCAGCUAUUUCACCCAAUUCAAGUGAGGCCGAGAUCAGAAUUGCUGGUACAAAGAUACCUUUAGAUGCUUGGAAUCCAGCCCUUGGCUUGUUGUGUGACAAGAACGCCAAAACUCGUAUGAACGUUGCCAAAUGCCUAUAUGACUUUUUACAAAACAUCCCACCCAAAGUGUCUAUGGAAUCCACAGACGAAUAUCCCAAACAUUCCUUAACAGAGCUACAAGACAAUACAUUUGUAAAUCAACUCAUUUACGCUAUGUUGGAUUGGGUCUUGAUUUCUGAUUUCAAUAUUACCGAUUUGCGAUUCUUUUACGCAUACUUAUGCCUACUUAAUCGCAAAUUUGGUGUGGAUGCCACUGUGGUAAUAGUGCCGCUCAUUUUCAAGAUUCAACAAUGCAUCCAAGAACACAAAAUCAGCUUACAAACUAGGCAAUACGCCAUUGAAUCUGCCUUGAUCUCUUGGUUUGCUAUGGUCGCUGAAUUUUACAAUAUUCAGCCAUUAUUUGAUUACAUCCAAACUAUCAAGUCAAAGAGAGGAACACAACCAGACGAUCUUAGAUUGACUGAGUCCAUUGACUAUACAAUCAAGGAACCCGAGUUGUUCUCUAUCAGCAUUGACGAUGCAGCUACGAAAGCGAAUACAGCAUGGAUUGAUCGUAGCACCAUUGUUGAGCUGAUGUCAAAGGAGGGAAAUCUUCGAGACGAAACGGACACACAUGGACUAGAUUUGGAGGCCAAGCUAUUUGCUGAAUGGGGCUCUGAUGCAUUUUUGAGAAGUGAUCAAACCAUUCGCUCUAGGAUUUUAAUAGAUUCCACCAAUAACAAGCCCAAGUUAUCAAGCCCUUGGGAACACGCAGAGAUGGAGCGAUCUCCGUUGGCAAUGGAAGACAAACGAAACAGUAUUCGAGUUGCAACACUGAAAGAGGCACUUGUAGCUCAAACAGUAGCAGAUGACGACAUGGAUACCGAUUCAACGCAGAGCAAUUCCUUGUCAGCUCACUCAAAACCACCUCCAAUGCGUGCAAAUGAGGUGAAUGCCCUAUUAACAGAACUAAAUCUACCUCAACAAAUGGCUCCAAGCACUGUAUCAUUAGUUAAUCCCCCUUACAAGUCAACGUAA